UUUGGUUUGGCUACAAGAGUAGGCUAUUUCAAUAGUGUUACCCGCGGACGCCCUCUGUCCGUCCACAGCGCAUUAGUAUCAGGCAUCCCUUUACACUCCGCUCCAGAAACACACAGCAGAGCGUACGAACACCAUCAGAUCUAUCAUUAAUAAUCCUGAUCUAUAUAUAUAUAUAUAUAUAUAUAUAUAUAUUUCGGGAGUUUGACAUGCUGAGUACCAUACUGAAACAAGUGAAAAGCCACCCGGCUUUGAUUCCUCUCUUCAUCUUCAUCGGUGGUGGAGCGGCCAUGUCUAUGCUUUACCUGGGCCGCCUUGCGCUAAAGAACCCUGACUGCUCAUGGGAUCGCAAGAACAACCCAGAGCCUUGGAACAAACUGGGGCCAAAUGAUCAGUACAAGCUCUUCACUGUCAACACGGACUACUCUAAACUGAAGAAGGACAGGCCUGACUUCUGAGCAGAGCCCAGUGAAUCAGCUGGAUGUGUUAAACGCUGCACUUUCAAGCCUGACACGUCAUCAGAUACCUGAUCUUAUCUGUGAAUGUGAAUCCCCAUUUUAAAUUAAUAAAGAAACUGAAAGGGAGCACAUACACAAGCUGUAUGAUCUAAAUGGCUUGACAGAAACAAUAUUUUGUACAGAUACAAAUACUGAAACAUCAAGGGAAAUUGCAUCAUCAAACCUGUAUCAAUAUCAUCUGUGCUGAUCUUACUGUUAUCCAAAUAAACAUGACAGACAGCAAUAA